CCCACAUACAACUUAAAAAUUGUUGUCACGAUGGACCACCAGCUCCUCUCGUUGCCAAUGCUUUUCACCUCUCUCUUCUUCAUCUUCAUGAUAUGGAAGAUAUGGAAGAAUUUUAACUCAACAGCUCCAAAUCUACCGCCAGGACCAUGGAAACUACCUGUUAUAGGAAGCAUCCACCAUUUAGUUGGUUCUCUUAUACAUCACCGCCUUAGAGACCUCGCCAAGAAAUACGGACCUAUUAUGCACCUUCAACUUGGCGAAGUCCCUACAAUUAUAAUUUCUUCUCCUGAAACUGCCAAACAAGUCAUGAAAACCCAUGACACCAGUCUUGCUGACAGACCCUUUAUCCUCGCAACAGCUAUUGUAACUUAUAAUCUUCAGGACGUUGCAGGAGCACCCUAUGGUGAGCAUUGGAGACAAUUGAGAAAAAUUUGCACGUUGGAGCUUCUUACUGUGAAACGAGUGCAGACAUUCAGGUCAAUCAGAGAAGAAGAAGUAUCAAAAGCCAUUGAAUCCAUAGCAUCAAGUGCAGGAUCAGCAGUCAACAUUAGUAAGACGGUAACUUGUCUAACUUAUGGCAUCAUUUCAAGAGCAGCCUUUGGCAAGGUAUGGAAGGGAGAAGAUGUAUUUGUACCUAAUGUUCAGAAAUUGAUACAAGCAGCAAGUGGUUUUAAUCUUGCUGAUACCUACCCUUCGAUCAGAUUUCUCCACGUAAUCAGUGGUAUAAAGUCCAAAAUCGAGAGCCUUCAUAAAGGAAUAGAUGUAAUACUUGAAGACAUUAUGAAUGAACAUAAAACUAAAAAAGCAACAGCAAAGACUGAAGAAACAGAAGAAGUUGAAGAUUUAGUAGAUGUAUUAUUGAAAUUACAGGACAAUGGCGACCUUCAAUUUUCUUUGACCGACAACAACAUCAAAGCAGUCAUCAUGGACAUGUUUACAGCUGGUAGUGAGACAUCAGCCAUGACUGUUGAAUGGGCAAUGGCAGAGAUGAUGAGGAAACCAGUAGUAUUGAAGAAGGCACAAGAAGAAGUGAGGCAGAAAUUGGGAACAAAAGGAGGAAUUCAUGAAGAAGGCCUACAAGAAUUAAACUACUUAAAGUUGGUAAUCAAAGAAACUCUGAGAUUACACCCUCCUCUUCCACUUUUACUACCGCGAGAGUGUAGAAAGAGCUGUGUAAUUGGAGGUUACGAUAUUCCAACAAAAUCUAGACUCAUGGUGAAUGUAUGGGCGAUCGGAAGAGAUCCCAACUAUUGGAUUGAUCCCGAAAAGUUUUUUCCAGAAAGAUUCCUUGACAGCGCUAUUGAUUACAAGGGGAAUAACUUUGAGUUUCUUCCUUUCGGUGCUGGAAGAAGGAUGUGUCCAGGAGUAUCGUUCGGCAUAGCAGAUGUUGAGUUUCCACUUGCAAUGUUGCUGUAUCAUUUUGAUUGGACACUCCCAUCCGGGAAAAAGCCUGAAGAUCUUGACAUGACUGAAUGUUUAGGAGGCGGUGCGCGAAAGAAAGAGGAUCUCUGUUUAAUUCCGACUCCCUGGCAUCCGCCAUCUGUCAAUUAGUGGAAGAAGUCCAUGAUAAUAUUGCAUUUUGUUAUGAUUUCAUGUUUCCAUUCUUGUGUACUUUCUUUCCUUUCCACUUCUUAAUAUGAUGUGUGUUUCUCCUAUACAGUAAUGUUACAAAUUGUUUGUCAACCGGAAUCAACAAGCUACAAAUAACUGCAUAAUUUUCUUUUA